CCCUCCCAGAGGCAAGCAGCUCUUUCACAGGCACAGGCGCAGACGGACUGACUGGCUGGAGCGGAUUGCUGUAGUUAACGGACACACUGCACAAUGCGUGAAUACAAGUUAGUAGUCCUCGGAUCAGGAGGUGUCGGCAAGUCUGCGCUGACUGUUCAGUUUGUCCAAGGGAUCUUUGUGGAAAAGUAUGACCCCACAAUAGAAGACUCAUACAGAAAGCAAGUGGAGGUGGAUGGACAGCAGUGUAUGUUGGAAAUUCUGGAUACUGCCGGCACGGAACAAUUCACAGCCAUGAGGGACCUGUACAUGAAGAACGGCCAGGGCUUUGCACUAGUAUACUCCAUAACAGCACAGUCCACCUUCAACGACCUGCAGGACUUGAGAGAACAGAUUCUACGGGUCAAAGACACGGAUGAUGUGCCAAUGAUCCUGGUGGGUAAUAAGUGUGAUCUGGAAGACGAGAGGGUGGUCGGGAAGGAACAAGGCCAGAAUCUCGCCCGUCAGUGGAACAGCUGUGCUUUCCUGGAGUCCUCUGCAAAGUCCAAGAUUAACGUCAAUGAGAUCUUCUAUGACCUGGUCCGGCAAAUCAACAGGAAAACUCCAGUACCUGGAAAGACACGCAAAAAGUCCACCUGCCAGCUGCUCUAAUAUACAGCUGUUCUUUUGCUCUGAGCCAGGUCUGAUUUACUGCUGUGUCUUUCAGCAGUGCCAGCAUUCCGACGUUACUAAAACCUAACAUCGAAUGGACUUUCCUAUGUGGUGAUGCCCCUUUAACAAACCAACCAACCAACAACCAAUGGAUUCAAGGCUACAGUACCAUGACAGUUUUUUGCACAUAGAUAACCAUCAUCACUUUCCAAUGUCGCGAGAAAGAUUUUUACAUAUAAAUAUAUAAAUAUAUAUUCUAACUGUAUGCAACUGAAUAAAACAAUUGAAUACAGAGCUAGUCAAAAAGAAUACAAAAAAAUACAGAGCCUACACGCAGUGUUAUUGCUAACGGAGACAGCCACGGUUGUAAAUGUAAGGCGGGAAUGUCUAACCAGGCUGUGCACGUUGCCAUGGCAAUUACAAUGAUAUUUAUAAGCACCACUAUUUUAGCCAGAGAGGAGAGGAAGUCCAAAGAGCUCCUAUAUAAACCAUUCGUACAGCUAACUUUCACUCUUUUUUUGUAACUUUGUUUUGCUUUUAUUCUAAACAUGAUUUCUUUAUCUUCUGCCUUUUUUCUCUUUUAUAAAAUUACUAGAUUUUUGCUCUAUGGAGAUGUUAUAUUCACAACAGCUAUUGAUGAGUUUUAACCUGUGGAUACAGUGAUGUACAUGUAAAAAGUUCAAAAAUAUAAUUUUUUUUUUCUGUCACUAUCAUUGUCCUUAGCCUCAGAUGUUGCCUUCAAAUACGUGUUAAGACCUUUUUGUGUCUUUUUUUUCUUCUUUAUUUUUCCUAAGGAUUAAUUUCCACGAUCUUGGGUCCAUCUCAUAUGCCAUGCCGGGUUUCUUUGUUUUGUUUACAAAGAACUUUGUACAGCAGGCUUUUUUUCAAAAAGGGGUAUUAAAAGAAGCGGUUUGAACGUUUAGUUUUAGUAUCUGUCUGAAGCUCAUCUUUUGGAUGGUCUCAUAAUAAAUAGUCAAAUCCCUCUUGACAAAGCUGAUCCUGAUCAAACGUAGGACAUAAAUACAGUAUAUAUUUUAAAGAAUUGGGGUUUUUAAUACACAGGAAAAACUAAAUGUACAACAAACUAUACUCAAAACAUUGCCCUUCUCCCCUUGCUUGCUGAUGCAUCUGGUGUAAACUGAGGAUAUGAAAAACAAAUAUUGGAUCCUGUCAGUAAAGAGUGAGGAAAAGAUGUCUGUUAGUGACUGUUUCGACUUUGUAAUAAUAAUUUGCCCUGUUUUCUGUCUUCGUUACUGAUGGAUUAACUGAAUGUGGGGGUGUGGGGACUUUGUGUUAAGCAAGAAAAAAUUGGAAGAAUUGAUUAAAAAAUUGAAAAUAAUUAAUUUUACAUCAAGUGCAAUCAUAAAGUGUGUUCGUAAAAGAGCCGAAUGCGCAGUUGUAGCAUUCGAUACUGGUCUCUUCAAACAUCGAAAUGACUCUUUACAGGGUGCAGUAUGCGGUAUGUACACGUAAGGAAUUGUUUAUAAAUGCUUUGAGGAUUUGUACUGUGAAAAGUGAAGAACACGACUCCCAGGGAGUGUCCGAGCAGCAGCGGGCACAGGUUAACAUUACGAGUCGUGUGUUGUACCGCAACCAAAUGCGUUGAUGCUUUUUAGGAUUUGAGGGGAGGGGGGGGGGAACCUGAAGAAAAUACAAACUUCAUGUAAGGACCAGGACUGAGACAGAGGCGCAGUAUUUAAAAUGCAACAUCGUCUGCUUCUGAUGGGUUGGGUGGGUGGCCAAGUGUCAACUUAAAAGCCUUAAUUAAAAGUGGUGCAAUUUUGUAUAACCGAGCAUCUGUAGUUUAAUAAAUUGGAUUGCCAUGCAAGGGCUCCCAAGAAGCCAGUUUUUGCCACUUGAAUGUGUUGUGUAUUGUUUCAGAAUUUUCUGUCAGACCAAUAAAAAACAAAACCGUUCAA